CCCAAACAGACAGAUAAGCAAACAGACAGACACCAAAACAAGAAGAAACGAAUAUAAGGAAAUAGGACAUCUCUACUUGUUUCAUUUGAACGAUACUAUUGACACAAACAGACACUGAUGAUGCCAAUGUGCACAGUUUUGGAGAAGAGGGGUGGACGUGUGGUUGGAGCCGAGCUGAGCUGCAACGUAAGGGAGAAAAAUGAAUCUAAGAGAGAGAGUUACACCGCUGACUGGAACAGCGUCAAAAUGAAGACACAACCUGAGGAUCGUCAGUCCAUGUUGAUGUCAGACGAUUCUCGCAGAGAGACUUUCUCCCGAUACUGGGAAGGACGUCCUCUCAAUCAGUCCUGUCCGUCCGGUGUGCUCAGAGUGGGAAAUGUGGAGAUGGGUGUACGGGAGUACCAGGUCUUACCCAACAGAAACACCCUGCCUUUGCCCAUGUUCAAGCCUGUUGAACUAGGCUCUCGUCUGGGUCGGGGAACCCCCCACACCCUGGAAGAUCUGCCUCCCGCCCGAGCUCCCGACGGUGCCUACUUCUACAGAAGACCUGUGGAAGAGAUCACCAAAGACCUGCCACCUGUCAUUCCCAUCCGGAUGGAUUUUGCCAAAGCACCCAGAGCCUUUGGCCGAUCCAUCUCUCAGGAAGCCCAGAGAGGGUGAAAGAAGAGAAGGAGGGUGAUGAAACAAAGACUGUAUGGACUUUAUUAAGAUAUGAGAGGAACGGUGGAGUAAGACAGAGAGAUUGAGUAUGUCAGAAGAAUUUAGUGAUAGUCACAGCAAGUGAAAUGAACUCAAGUAAUGAGGGCGCAAAAAUGGCAAUAGAUGGAGUUUGGUCUUGGUAAUAGUUUUGAAAAGAAGUAUGAGGGUUUUGUAUAGUACAUUUAAGUUGUACAUAGCAUUUGAUUUUAUUGUUUUGAGAAAUUUUGAAAACACAGCACUUUAUGAGUUGAGUAUGACUUGUCUCUU